AUGGCAGCGGUCAAUCAAGUGUCAACAACUGUAAGUAGUACUGGAACAAUUUCAUUCCAUAAUAUAAAUUACACCGUCGGAACGAAAGCAAGGUCGCACAAACGACGAUCGAAAUGUCUGACUCUACCAUUCUUCAAAGUUACAGAACAGAAACAAAUUCUUUUCGACGUAUCAGGGAGAUUUAUGAACGGAAUGAAUGCUAUACUCGGUCCUUCUGGAAGCGGAAAAUCAUCGUUACUUGAUAUUCUGGCUGAUCGAAAGGAUCCGCGUGGCACAUCGGGUAUCGUCUUAGUCGAUAACUUUCCACGGCAUCCAUCGUUUCGGUAUACAGUUGGUUAUGUGGUUCAAGAAGACAUAUGUAGCGGUACAUUAACAGUACGCGAAAAUCUCUAUUUUUCAGUUAGUCUUCGUUUGUCAGAAGCGCUAUCAGCCAGUGACAAGCGUGUUCGUGUGUCGACUGUUAUCACAGAGCUCAGUCUUGAAGCUUGUGCUGAUACACGAGUGGGAACAGAGUUUCUUCGCGGUAUAUCUGGUGGUGAAAAAAAACGCACUUGUAUUGGCAUGGAAUUGGUUUUAUCACCCAAUAUUUUGUUUCUUGAUGAACCAACAACAGGACUCGACGCAUCGACAGCGAUUAGUAUCAUGAACUGCCUAAAAGACCUAUCUCGACGUGGAAGAACGAUAAUAUUCUCCAUACAUCAGCCACGCUAUUCCAUCUUUAAACUAUUUGAUACAGUCAUGCUGAUGUGCAACGGUCAAUGUGUUUAUCAUGGUUCAGCUAAAGGUGUCGUUCCCUAUUUUUCCACACAUGAUUAUCAGUGUGAGCCGUAUGACAACCCAGCCGACUUCGCAUUAGAUGUCUUGAUAGAUAUUGGUCGAAAACCAGACAUAAUCGCAAAAUUGAAUGAUCUAUACAAUAAAACAGAUGCAGAUACAUCGGCGGCCUUUCCACGACCCGGGAAUAUGAUCGAUCUUGAAAGUCUGGAUCACAAACGACGAAAAUACAAAGUCCAAGCAGCUCGCUCCUUAGGAGCAGAAAUUUUCUAUCUCUCACAACGAACGCUGCGCAAUUCUUUUCGAAAUCCAGCAUUGGCGCUCUCGCAAAUUAGCGUUUCUAUUAUUCUUGGUGCGAUGGUUGGAUUACUGUUCUAUGAUUUGAAGAAAACAACUGAUUCAGGUGUUCAAAAUCGACUUGGUGCAAUUUUUUUCAUUUCUCUUAACCAGAUUUUCAUUAAUGUGACUGCGAUUGAUGCACUUCUCAAAGAGCGUGCACUGUUCAUUCAUGAAUAUGCCAGUGGUUACUAUAGAAUCUUCACGUAUUUCAUUGCAAAAUUAUUGUGCGAUUUGUUACCAAUGCGUGUGAUACCAACAAUAUUGUUUUCUAUCAUUUCCUAUUUCAUGAUGGGUCUCAGUCGCACUAUUAGUCAAUUCUUCAUUUUUCUGUUAACAAUCUUCAUAGCCAGCUUGUUCGGGUCGGCUAUGUGCUUUUUCAUUUCGGCCAUUACAUCAAUCUUUCCUGUGGCUCUCAUCAUUGCUAUUCUUAUUUGUGUCAUGAUGACGAUGUUCAGCGGCUUUGUUCUUGAUUUAGACAGUGUAUUUAAAUGGCUCUCUUGGAUUCAAUGGACUAGUGCAUCCAGAUAUGUUUCGAAUUUACUUAUUAUCAAUGAAUUUCAAGGUCUCACUUUCUGUUUGUCCAAUCAAACCAAUGUCUGUCCGAUGACAGGCGAGCAGAUACUGGAUAAUCUUGAUAUACCUCAUGCUAAUUCAUGGGAUUUAUGGAAAAACUUCCUCGCACUAACAAUUAUGACAGUGCUAUUCUUAAUUUCAUCUUAUAUUCAACUGAUCAGAAUCAAAAAAACAAAAUAA